ACAAUGAGAUAUAUAAUACUCGGACUACAUUGCAAAAUGGAAUUGUAAAACAACCAAAAAGCGAUUAUUUUCAUCACUUUCUCCUUUUUUCCUCAGCUAUUGUUGGGGUUUCUUCAAGAAAUCUUGGCCUAUUUUUCCCUUGGAAUGCAAAUCUCGUCCUAUAAUCUGAUCUGGGUUGUGUUGUAUUUGUUGAAAAGUUUGAUCUUUUUUUCUCUCUUUUGGAGGUUUUCUUGUGAAAAAAAGCUAUGCCUGCCCUUGUUAAUUACAGCGGUGAUGAUAAUUUCUAUAGUGGGGGUCCUUUUUGUUCCGGAGAUUCGGGCAUCUUGUUAUCUAUUGGUUCCCAUGUGGAUAUAUACUGCCCUGCUAGAAAGCGUGCACGAAUCAGUGGCCCAUUGGUUGUCGAAGGGAGCGUAUUUGAAGAUAAAAGACCAUCCAUUGACAGGCUCCCAGAUGAAUGCCUAUUUGAGAUCUUUAGACACUUGCCAGGAGGCCGAGAGAGAAGCGCAUCUGCUUGUGUUUCCAAGCGCUGGCUAACAAUCUUGAGUGGUGUCCGCAGUUCUGAGUUUUACCGGAGCAAGGUGCCUCAGGGACAAUCAGAUGGUAUGAAUGUGGAUCUGGCCUCCAAUAAUACAGAAUCGAUCUCUCAAGAUGAGGAUCUUGCAGUGGAGUGUGAUGGAUACCUAACUAGGUGUGUGGAAGGGAAGAAAGCAACAGAUGUUAGGCUUGCUGCUAUUGCAGUUUGUACUUCCAGGCGUGGUGGACUUGGAAAACUUUCGAUCCGAGGAAGUAAUUCUGAUCGGGGUGUUACUGACCUCGGUUUGUCAGCAAUUGCCCGUGGUUGCCCUUCCCUCAGGUUUCUUUCAUUGUGGAACGUCCCUUCUAUUGGUGAUGAAGGUCUAUUUGAGAUUGCAAGGGAAUGUCAUUCAUUAGAGAAGCUUGACCUUUGCCAAUGUCCUUCAAUUUCGAACAAGAGUAUAGUUGCAAUAGCAAAAAGCUGUCCAAAUUUGACUGCAUUAACAGUUGAAUCUUGUCUGAACAUUGGCAAUGAGAGUCUACAAGCGGUCGGAAAAUGUUGCCCUAAGCUGCAAUCCAUUACAAUUAAAGAUUGCCCACUUGUUAGGGAUCAGGGCGUUGCCAGCCUCUUGUCAUCGGCUUCCUCUUUGAUGAAGGUGAAACUUCAAACUCUUAAUAUCUCGGAUUGCUCUCUUGCUGUAAUAGGGCACUAUGGGAAGUCUAUUACAAGUCUUGUCUUGAGCGGACUUCAAAAUGUGAGCCAAAAGGGCUUUUGGGUGAUGGGUAACGCACGAGGUCUCCAAACACUGGCAUCUUUGGCAAUCACUUCAUGUCGGGGGGUAACAGAUUUGAGCCUCGAAGCAAUCGGAAAGGGCUGUCCGAACUUGAAGCAAAUGUGUAUUCGAAAGUGUUUCUUUGUGUCUGACAAUGGGCUUGUUGCUUUUGCCAAAGCUGUGGGCUCUCUCGAGAGCUUGCAAUUAGAGGAGUGCAACCGGAUCACCCAAACAGGGAUUCUCAAUGCUAUUUCAAACUGUAAUUCUAAGUUAAAAUCUCUAACCCUGGUGAAGUGCAUGGGAAUUAAGGAUCUAUCUCCAGAAUCUCUAAUGCUUUCUCCAAGCGAAUCUCUGCGAUCAUUGGCCAUCAGAAGUUGCCUGGGAUUCGGUAGUACAAGUUUGGCUAUGCUUGGGAAGCUUUGUCCACAGUUACAUCACUUAGAUCUCAGUGGACUAUGUGGGAUAACAGAUACUGGUCUUCUCCCUCUUCUGGAAAGCUGUGAGGCAGGACUCACUAAGGUCAAUCUUAGCCAUUGCGUGAAUCUGACCGACGAAGUGGUAUUUGCCCUAGCCAGGUUGCAUGGAGGAGCGCUUGAAUUGCUAAAUCUUGAUGGUUGCCACAAGGUUACAGAUGCAAGUUUGGAGGUACUUGCAAAUAACUGCCCAUUGCUUUACGAUCUUGAUCUUUCGAAGUGUUCGAUCACUGAUUCUGGUGUUGAUGCUUUAUCGUGUGGAGUGCAGCCAAAUCUGCAGAUUCUCUCCUUAUCAGGCUGCUCUAUGAUAUCCAACAAGAGCAUUACUGCUCUUAAGAAACUGGGAAGGACACUGGUUGGCUUAAAUCUCCAGCACUGCAAUUCCAUUGGCAGCCAUACGAUUGAGCUACUCACUGAGAACUUGUGGAGAUGUGACAUUCUCUCAUAAACGGCAAAUGUAGUUCUCAGUGGGUUUUAGUCAUAUACCAUGGGAAGUUUGGGUAACUCAAGUAGAAGCAGUUGUUUUCCAUGGAGACCUUGGCGGAUUGUUAUUAUUCAACCCUUUUUGUAGGCUUCUUCGUGUUUGAAAGCCUAUUGUUACUUUUUAGUCUCUCAUACGGGAGACUGCCCUGCCUUUGGUUUCCUGAGAAUACAGUUACCGGGUUUUGCUUACAUGUUUCUUCCUAUGGCACAUAAUCAAUCGGGUUGUUCAAUUUCUGUCUUAAUGCAUAGUCUGUUGUACCUUAAGUAAAGCUUUCUCUAGUUUCUCUAUAUAUUGAGGCUGCUAGGGAAAUGCAUGGUGUCUUUAGAAUUCGAAACUCUAAUCGAGUUUCAUCUCUGUCCUCUGUAAAAUAGGGUAUUUCUGGUCAUAGUCAGUAGAUGCUUUGGAUGAUUCAGGAGUUUGGGUGUCUGAGACAUGGAUUUGGCCAUGGCAGCCUCUUAAGGUUGUUUUUUUACUGCCUAGUCCUGGUUUUUUGAUGGGAUCCUUUGGUCCUGUUUUCUAGGUUCCCUGCUCUUACGGGUUGUACUUAAUGCAACUACUGCAAAUAAAAUGUUAUCAUGGAACUUUUGUUUUGUGUUUAGUAAUGAAACUUGAUGUUGUUUAA